CUUUAUACCACCACAUGGUGUACAUGUUUAAUGAUAGGCCUCAUAUUCAUCACAAUAACAGGCCCUGGUUUUAUGUUUGUUUGCAGCGCUUCCAACAUGGACUCAAAUAAGCGCUACACCCACAGUUUCCUAGCAACCGACGCCAUCCGGGAUGCAAUGGCUAAAUUUGUGCUCGCUGGCAAAACUGACUGCCCACAUUACGCCAAAGCGGAACUAUUAGCAGACAGUCUGCACAGAUGUCUGCCAAACUUCAGGAUCCACAAGAUCUCAGUCCUUCCACAUGCAUGGAAGGAAUGGCUCGAGGACACCUGCACAAGAAAUGGCUGGAAACACGAGCAGUCCCCUUUGGUUUGGAGGGAGCUGGUGGACCAAGGGGGGAAAGCGAUGCUUUUAGGGGGGUUUAGUGACUUCCUAGAGCAUUGUCAGGACUAUUACAGCGUCACAUCAGAUAUGCCUACAGAUAUCAUGCUGAGUGUUGCAUCAGAGAAUCUGGAAACCAAGAUGAACUCAAUCGUAGAGGAGCAACAUCGUGUCAGUCUUAUUAAACCCCUUCAUAUAUGGCUCAGCAGCGCUCUCAGCCCAACCGGCCACCUCCUGAUCCCCAAUCUGCUCUCUGCUGAGGUGUUCCCCAACACUUCUUCUAUCAGCCUCCACCUUUUAAACCUGGAGGGGAAAGAGGAGCAACUUCAGUGGCUUAGGAUGGAGACUGGCUCCUCCUUCACCCCCCUCCCAUUGAGACAAUGCCAAGUACUGUGUUUAUCCUGGUACAAGUAG